AUUAAAUUGUAUAUACGAUCAACAGGUCAAGGCCCUCGGCAUUCCGAUCGUAACCACCGGCGACGCAGAGACGCCGGAGGGGUGCGUCCCCUUCUCGGAGCUGCUGGCGGCCGAGGAGGAGGAGGAGGAGCAGGGGACGUCGUCGUCGUCGGCGGCGACGAUAGUGCCGGAGGACGUGGUUGCGCUGCCAUACUCAUCGGGGACGACAGGGCUGCCGAAGGGGGUGAUGCUGACCCACCGGGGGCUGGUGACGAGCGUGGCGCAGCAGGUCGAUGGCGACAACCCCAACCUCUACUUCAGUGAGGAGGACGUCGUCCUCUGCGUGCUGCCCCUCUUCCACAUCUACUCCCUCAACUCCGUGCUCCUCUGCGGCCUGAGAGCUGGUGCCACCGUCCUCAUCAUGAAGCGCUUCGACAUCGUCAAGUUCAUGGAGCUCGUCGAGAGGUACAAGGUGACCGUUGCCGCACUGGUGCCGCCGAUAGUGGUGGAGAUGGCGAAGAGCGAUGCGGUGGAUCGCUACGAUCUCUCAUCGGUUCGGCUCGUGAUAUCAGGGGCGGCGCCGAUGGGCAAGGAGUUGCAGGACACUCUGAGGGCCAAGCUCCCCAAUGCUAAACUCGGCCAGGGUUACGGCAUGACGGAGGCGGGCCCAGUCCUUUCCAUGUGCCUGGCGUUCGCGAAAGAACCAUUUGAGGUCAAGUCCGGAUCGUGCGGCACGGUUGUUCGGAACGCCGAGCUCAUGAUCGUGGACCCGGAGACCGGAUUGUCGCUCCCCCGCAACCAGCCCGGAGAAAUCUGCAUUCGAGGAAAGCAGAUCAUGAAAGGAUAUCUCAAUGAUCCAGAAGCCACAGCAAGAACUAUUGAUAAAGAUGGAUGGCUACACACAGGAGACAUCGGCUUCGUUGACGACGAUGACGAGAUCUUCAUCGUCGAUCGCCUAAAGGAGCUCAUCAAGUACAAGGGGUUCCAAGUAGCCCCCGCGGAGCUUGAAGCAUUGCUCAUCACCCACCCUGCAAUUGCCGAUGCGGCUGUAGUCCCAAUGAAGGAUGAUCUUUGUGGUGAGAUCCCUGUGGCAUUUAUUGUGCAAGCAAAUGGUUCAGAAAUAACAGAGGAUGAGAUCAAGCAAUACAUUGCAAAACAGGUGGUUUUCUACAAGAGGAUACACAAAGUAUUUUUCGUCGAGUCCAUUCCGAAGGCGCCAUCAGGCAAGAUCCUGAGGAAGGACCUGCGAGCAAAACUAGCCACUGGAUAUCCCAACGGACGGCACUAAUCGACCUGCCUUCCUUAUACAUCCAUCCCGUAUUAAAGUGUGGGGUUUAUGCUUAAGAUAGAUUGCCUCAACCCAUGGAUGGUUUUUUAAUACACUUUCUUUUUUUUAAAACUUAAAUACCCUUCCGUGAUCAGAGAUGUUGUAUUGAGCUAUAUUAUUAUUCUAUUGAGUAUGUUAUGUACCAUAAAAUGUUAUAUGUGGAAUACUAAGUUAUGUGGCAAUAAUACGACGACUUAAUGAAUUCA